CCCUAAAAGCAAGAUGCUUAACCAAUCAUCGCAGCCGCGCGGAGCAUCACGGGAAACCCGGGGCUAUAAAAGACCGAGUUGCUAUUUUAUACUUACCGAAUCACUCACCCUUUAAGUAAGCUGGGCGGGGAUGGAUGCGCCUGCGCGGUUUUAAAGCCCUGCCCUAAACUGCCAACACUUCGCGCAAGCGAAGUAGAUCUUCCUUGCCUGAGAGUACGCGUGCGCACCUACAAGCGUAAUCCCGGAAGAUAAGACGCUUGCGCAGUGAGAACCACGGUGACAGUACACCCAGUGGGGCGCUGGCCAGUCAUGGCGGAACCUUGGUCUGGGCAGUUUUUGCAAGCUCUGCCCGCUACGGUGCUCGGAGCGCUGGGCACCUUGGGCAGCGAGUUCCUGCGGGAGUGGGAGACACAGGACAUGCGAGUGACUCUCUUCAAGCUGCUCUUGCUGUGGUUGGUGUUAAGUCUCCUGGGGAUCCAGCUGGCGUGGGGGUUCUACGGAAACACAGUGACCGGGUUGUAUCACCGUCCAGCCUCCUGCAGCUCCUGGGUGUGUUCCUGCCUCCAGGUCUGAGUGGCCAGAAUGGAUCCACACCUGAUGGCUCCACACAUUUCCCUUCAUGGGAAAUGACAGCAAAUGAACCUCUCAAAACCCACAGAGAAUAAGGGAAGGCAACAGCAGAAGGGUCUCCAGAGACACCACUGGGUCUGCUGUCUCCUAGGCUGCAUCCUGCUGCUGCCCAGACCCCUUGGAAAACUGCAGAGGGCUUGGGGUUGGGGGACUGGAGUACCACAGUGUUUGCAGGGUGAGCCUAUUGCCUUCAGGCUUGCCUCCAACAGCUCCAGGUACCAGGCAGGUGAAGUUUGUCUCUACCAUGUGUCUUGCCCUAAGACUUCUGUCAAGGGUUAGAGCUGGGAAGCAUCUUGGUUGGGAAGGUCAGCAGUCCCUUUUUCACCUUGUCUUUUUCCUGUCCUCUUCAUUCCCUUAGGGCGUGAUCUUACAGAGAUUUGUCCUUCUAAGAGGAAUCUUGAGGUUAACCAGUUCAGAGAUUUAUGAGGGAAGUCUGUUCUCCCCUAAGCCUUGAUUUCCUUGGCUUUGCUUUUUAGGCAAAAAGCCAGGUAAUCCUGGCCUGGACCAGAGCACCAAACAUGGACCUCCCUGGCCCAGUCAGUCUUUCAGGUCAGAGGCAGGCAGAGGAAGUUAUCCUUUCCCAGCUGACCUGUUUCUCUGUUCUUUGAGGGCAAGUUGAGUACCUGAGAGGCGCUGAGUGCACCUAGAGUCCCUGGUAUUGGCUACCAGCUCCCCUGCUAAAGUGCCCAUGGGGUGUUUUGGUUUGUACCUUGUCACCUCCUAGGGAAGUACUAAGCAGUUAGUGCAAUGACUUCAUUGUGCCCUGUAGCCUUAUCACUUCCCAUCUGGACAAGGGUUCAUCCUAAGAGCCUGCUAGUAUCAUUUCAGCCCCUAAAAAUAUCAUUAAGAGUGAGCCACUAGCCAGAUAGCCCCGGGCCCUUCACAGUGGGUCAGAAGAGGUUCUAAAGGGGUGGGUGGCAAAUGUCCCCAGGGAAACACCACUUCCUGAGAACACUAUGGUUCCUAAAAGCAUUGUGGCCCUGGAUCUAUCUCCUCUAGUGGUUGUACUUCUGCCUGUCUCUGCUGGGCCACUGGCUACCUCAGGUGUCCCACUGUCUCUUUGUUAGAUGUCACAUAGGCUUCUGGCAGCCUUUGUCUACAAAGACUUUGUAGCAGGUGUACUAUAAAUGAAACUGUACUGAACUCCUCAUGCACAAGUACCUACUCCAGCGAUGCAUCUGUAUGGCAGAAAGAUGUUCUUCACAGUCUCAGGUCCACCCCCUGACAUCCCUACGAAGAGGCAAGGUCUCAUAUUCCAUCUCAGGAGCAACUGAAGAUGUGGCAUAUUAAACAGAGAAGUGCAUCAGUCGUGUGGUUAUUCC